AUGUCUUCUCAUGACAAUGACACCCCACUCCCAGUUCCAUACACUUCUCGUCUUGGACAGCCGCUCGAAGCUGGACAAACUCUGAACGUCCACGGAAAAAUCAAUGACGGAGCUCUCGUUGCCGAGUUCAAUCUUCUUCAAGGAGGUGGAGACAUCGCUCCGAAUACCAAUGUGAUCCUUCACUUGAAACUCAAUUUCAAGGACAAGAAGGUCAUUAUGAACAGCUACGAGAACGGUGUUUGGGGAAAAGAAGAGCGCGAGUCGAUCCCAUUCCACGCUGGACAAGACUUCGAUCUCCGUAUUCGUGUGCUCGACGAGGGCUUCGAAAUUUCUGCUGACAAUAGGAAGAUUCACGAAUUCAAGCACCGUUUGCCAUUCCAAUCCAUCGAGUACAUCUCCGUUCGUGGUGAGGUCUCGUUGAACGGAAUCCACUGGGGAGGACGAUUCUACAAAUUGCCAUGGGAGACUGCUUUCCCAGCUGGACACCUCGAGCGAGGACAACGCAUUCAUCUCUACGGAGUUCCAAAGGGUGAUCGUUGGUCAUUCGAUUUGGUCGCUCGCAACCAGGACGUCCUCUUCCAUUUCAACCCAAGACUGAAGGAGAAAGUGGUUGUUCGCAACUCCCACCGUAAUGGAUUUUGGGACAACGAGGAGCGUGAAGGAGAGUUCCCAUUCAAGAAGGACGUUGGAUUCGAUUUGACCAUCAUCAACGAAGAAUUCUCGAUCCAAAUCUUCAUCAAUCGUGAGCGCUUCGGAACAUUCCAACACCGCACUCCAAACCCAAUCGGUGACUACAUCGGACUCCGAAUCGACGGAGAGGUUGAGGUCACCGGAAUCGAGUUCUCACACUAA